AUGGCCUUCCUCGAGGACCCCCGCCUCCGCCAGCGCUGGAACCAGAUCUCCCACAACGCCGAGACCGUCACCGAGUCCGCUGCCGAGGGUAUCUGGACCUUCCAGCACCGCUAUAUCAACCCGUGCCUCGGCGCCGUCGCCGAAUCGCUCGAGUCGUGCACCGCGCCCUGCUUCGGCGACCGCGAGGACCGAGCGCGACGCGCACGGGCGCGAGGGCACUAUGACGCCAGGGCAGAGUACACGUUUGACUUCUACGACGACUGGGACGACGACGACGAGGCGCUGGCCACCGGGGGCGGCCACGCUGGCGGGGGGAUCCUGGGCGGCUGGGGCGCCGGCGGCGGGAGCUCAAGGGGCGACGACUGGGACAGGCUGAUUGGCGGCUCCGGCGCGGGCUCCAGGAAGGGAAGCCUCGCGCCGGAGGUGGUCGACCAGCCGCGGCGCAAGAGGGGGAUGAGCUACGGGACGAGGGGCGGCCGGAGGAAGACCAACGAGGAGGAGGACCCGACCAUCAUUCCUAGCACUGCACCCCUCGGGUUCUUGGGGAGGCUCCCGUGGAAGAUUGGGGGCACAUUACGGUAUAAGCCCAGCGCGGCGUUCCUGCAGGACCACCCCGGUGCGGCAGCACAUCCGGACGAGAACCAGCCAUUGCUUGGUGGUUCCGAAGACGAAGGGGACACACACCCCGCAGUCACGGCGCGGAUGAGAAAACGGAGUGGGACGGCAGGCUCCGGCGACACGUCAGACUCGUACAGGUCCAGGGGGGACCUGUUCCCCAGCGACGGCGAAGGGGAGGAGGACGCGAUCCCGCUGGACGACGAGUUCGCGAUGAACCUGAACAGGGUGGACGACCGAUCCAGCCACAGGACCAGGAGCAGCAAGGGCAAGAGGCCCGCAUCGAGGAACGUAUCCUCCACGACACUAUCAUCCAGCACAUCAAACUCGUCGCUGAGGGCGAGGAAGAGCUCGCACGGCUCCAUGCAAGCCAUGGAGAGCUCGAUCCACUCCAUCGUCGAGGCGUCUUUGGAGGACCUCCAGCGCGAGGAGGAGGCGGUCGAGAGGGAAGAGGACCAGGAAGUGGCCCGCAAGAGAGAGGUAGCCACGGAGCUGGCCCGGCAGAGAGGGCUGUCCGCGAGUGAGACGUUCGACACGGGCGAGUCCGAGGCGUGGGCAAAGAGCUCGAUGCUGCCCGUGGAGGAGAUACCGGAGCCCUUGAGCCCCCGGCCAAGGCAGGGCUCGGAAGGGCGGGAUCCCGAGGAAGAGACGGGGCCAACGGCACGAGACGGCGCGGCAUCCGAAGGUGGCGCGGCACACCACCGAGCUGACGGUGCCGCUGAUGACUUCGUACCUGCGAGGCUACCGAGCUUUCGAUGA